CAUAGAAAAACUCAGCUGCGCGGGAUCAUCUUCUUGGCUUUUUGUUCUCUCAUUCUAACAGAGAGAGACUCCGUUCAAGAGUUAUUGAAGGAGCAAGAAUGAAACGUCUCUUCUCUAUGCUCACGUCCAAUUUGUUCCAGAACUACAAACCGAGCAAACGUCGAAAAGCAGAUGAUGCCGGUGCGUCCGCAUCGUCCCUCACUUCGACGGGAAGUAACAACUACGACGUGUUCUUGAGCUUCGGCGGUGAGGAUACUCGCAAAACCUUCGUGGAUCACCUCUACAAGGGCCUCGACGGUGCUGGAAUCUAUGCGUUCAGAGACGACAAUGAGCUUCGCGAAGGUGAGAACAUAGGCCCCAGCCUUCUCCAGGCCAUUAAGAACAGUAAGAUCUCCAUCCCGGUUCUGUCUCAAAACUACGCCCGGAGCAAAUGGUGCCUUCAAGAGCUCGUUCAAAUGAUAGAGUCCAUGAAGAGCGACGGGCAGGUUGUCUUGCCCGUAUUUUAUGGGGUCGAACCGGCCGAUGUGCGAUACCAGAAACGGAGCUUUGGAGAGACUUUCUCCCAUUUUAGUCGGAAGUAUUCCGAGGAAGAUGUUGGCAAAUGGAAACAAGCACUCGAAGACGUGGGUUCCUUAAAGGGAUGGGAAUCGGAGAGAACUGCUGACGGCCGCGAAGGAGAAUUGGUGGAAAUGAUUGUCGGAAGAGUUUUGAGCAAGCUAAAAGAGGCCUUUCAGCUGGUUGUUACCGAACAACUUGUCGGAAUUGAUAAUGCUGUGGCGGAUAUUCUGAGAUUGCUGGAUGAUAACCCCAAUGCUAGCGAAAUUGUCGGUAUCCAUGGAAUGGGAGGUAUCGGUAAGACAACUUUAGCCAAGGUCGUCUACAAUAAGAUCUCCGAUCAAUUUCAGCAUCGCAGUUUCAUUGCAGAUAUUCGAGAAUCCUCGCAGCGUAAGGGCAUUUCAUGCUUGCAGAAUCAAUUAAUAAGUGACAUACUGAGAGAAAAGGAUGAAGUGCCGAACGAGGAUGCAGGAAUUAGGAUGAUGGAAUCUAGGUUUAAGCAUAAGAGAGUCCUAGUUCUUCUAGAUGAUGUGGAUAACCAUCAUCAACUAAAAGCUUUAAUUGGGAAACCUGACUGGUUUGAGAGGGGAAGUAAGAUAAUCAUUACCACAAGAAUAAAGUCUGUUCUUGAUGUCACCGAGGUGAACUCCCAGUACGAACUCAAUGGAAUUGCUGAGGAUCAAUCUUUGAUCUUGUUUUGUAGACAUGCUUUUCGAAGGGACUCUCCUCCAUGUGAAUUCGAGUCCCCGUCUCAUGAUGUCGUAUCCACUACCGGAGGGCUUCCCUUAUCUCUCGAGAUUAUAGGUUCGUAUACGUGUGGGAAAAAUCCGUCAUUUUGGGGAGACGCAUUGAAAAGAUUGAAGAGAGUACCGCCUGAGGAAGUGCAAGAGAAGCUGAGGAUAAGUUAUGAUGCAUUGACCCAUGAGGAACAACAGAUAUUUUUGGAUAUUGCUUGUUUCUUUAUUGGAACCGAUUUAAGAAUUGCAUCCUACAUGUGGGAUGCCCGUGAUUUUUAUCCGAGCAUGGGGAUUGAAAGAUUGAGGUUUAUGUCGCUAAUAAAAAUUGGAGAUAAUCACAAGUUGAAAAUGCAUGACCAAUUGAGAGACCUUGGCAGGGAAAUUGUCCGUAAAGAAGAUUACAAUGCGCCUAUGAAUCGAAGUAGGUUGUGGGUCCACGAGGAAGCCUUGCAAGUACUCCGGAGAAAUAAGGGAAUUGAAAAACAUCACGUUCGGGCCCUUUGUCUCAACGAAUGGCGCCCCGGCGGUGAAUUCACAACUGAACAAUUUAAAGCACUACCGAACUUAAGGUUCCUUCAAAUACACGAUCCUAAACUGAUUGGAGAUUCCAAAAGCUUGCCUCCUGAGUUGCGAUGGCUUAAGUGGAGCAUUUGUCCUGUAUCCAUGGACGCUAGUUUUCGUCUAGAGAAAUUAGUGAUUCUUGAUUUAUCAUUCAGUGACGUUUCAGAACUUUGGGAAGGUUGGAGUCAUCUCAAGGUGGCGAAGGACCUGAGAGUUCUAAAUCUUACAGGUUGCUAUUAUUUAAAAGGUACUCCUGACCUCUCAGCCUGGCAAAGUUUGGAGAUAUUAGUCCUUGCAGAAUGUUAUUAUCUGGAGCAAAUUCACCCUUCUAUUGGAGAAGUCAAGGGUCUCGUUUCUUUGGACUUUUCGGAAUGUGCGAAACUCCGGGUGCUACCCGCAGAAAUGGGCAAAUUGCAAGAACUAAAGGAACUGAACAUAUGCUGGACUGCUAUAAAGGAAAUACCUCCAUGUAUAGGUUCUUUGGAGAAGCUGGAGAUACUUCACGCCCGUGGUUGCAAAUCAUUGGUUGGACUUCCCGACUCAAUCAGCCAUCUCGUAAAUUUGUCGACCCUUGACUUGAGUAAUUGUGUCAGUUUAGAUGGAGUACAGCGCCUAUCAUCAGACAGCAGGUAUAAUCCAUCUCAUCGGGUUACGUCAGUUAAUCGUCGGAGCAAUCGCAUCCCCAGGAAAUUGAAACUGUCGCCUCCUAAUGUAUUUCCACAUAUGGGCAUGCCGGAAUUACCUGAAUCCCUUGGUGAUUUACGGAACUCGAAGAAUUUGCCCAGUACUAUAGGCAAGUUGGGCAACCUUGAAGAAUUGCAUGCCUCGCAUUGCGAGAGUCCAGGAGGGGAAUUUCCUAUAGAUGGGUUGUCUUCACUGAAGAUCCUUGUAUUAAAUAGGACAAGCUUUUCUGGCUUCCCCGACACAUUUGAUAAGCUUUCUCGUCUUGAAAAGCUUGACUUACGCGGUUGCAGGAUGCUUCAAUCGCUGCCGGAAAGCAUUAGUAAGCUUCCUUCUCUGCAACACCUUCUGUUAACUGAUUGUCGCCAACUUCAGUCAUUGCCAGAGCUUCCUAGUUGUUUAACAGUUCUGGUAGUCACCUGUCAAAGUCGCACAUUGCCUCAACUUUCUCACCUAAUCCAUCUGAAAGAGCUCACGAUUCAGCUUUGCAAAUUUCUGGAAUCCAUCCCAGAGCUUCCCUCGGGAAUAUUGAAGCUUUCUGUCAGCAACUGUGCUAAGUUGAAAGAGUUGCCAAGUUUGUCAAGUUCGAAAUUCUUGUCACGGUUAGAUAUCCAAUGGUGCAAGGAGCUGACAGAAAUCAAAGGUCUGGAAGCAUUGAAAUCCUUAGUACGUCUAAGUGUAAUUGGAAGCAAAGGGUUAUCCAAAUUAGACGGCCUUGAACACGCAGAGUCCUUGAGAUACUUGGAUAUAAGUUACUGUGACUACUUUAUAAGACCAGACCUUUCGCAAUGCACACAUCUGAAGCGAUUAAAGGCUCGAGGCUGCUGCUAUCUGGUCGAAAUUAAAGGCCUCGAGAGAUUGAAGAACUUGGAAUUCUUGGAUAUCAGCUGGUGCAUAUCAAUUGAAACAUUACCAGACCUCUCGGGCCUCGAUAACCUAAGACAUUUGCAGAUUGACGCAUGUGAGAAGCUUGGUGAUGUCCAGGUCCUGGAGAACGUACAUGUGAUAAAGACAACAAGAUGA